GCAUCUGCCAUGGCUGAGCCUCGGGGCCCUGUAGACCAUGGAGUCCAGAUCCGCUUUAUCACAGAGCCAGAGGGGGGUGCAGAGAUGGACACCAUUCGUCGUGGAGUGCGACGCCCUACUAAGGAUGCAAGAGCCAAUACCUACGGGGUUGCCGUGCGCGUGCAGGGCAUUGCUGGGCAGCCCUUUGUGGUGCUUAACAGUGGAGAGAAAGGAAGUGACUCCUUCGGGGUCCAGAUCAAGGGGUCCGACAACCAAGGGGCCCCAGGAACUCUGAGCUCUGAUUCGGAACUCCCUGAGAACCCCUACCCCCAGGUGAAGGGGUUUCCCGCCUCCUCGCAGGGCAGCACAUCUGAUGAGGAGCCUGGGUCCUACUGGAAUGGAAGACUACCCCGAUCCCAGUCCCAGGCCUCCCUGGCAGGCCCUAUCCCUAUGGACUCGAGCAACAGGAGCAGCAGCUUGCUGGAAUUGGCACCCAAAGAGACUUCCCCAGACAGCACCAUCGACACUGCUCCCUUGUCUUCAGUGGACUCCCUCAUCAACAAAUUUGACAGUCAAGUUGGGGGCCAAACCCGGGGACGCACGGGCCGUCGUACUCGGACACUGCCCCAUGAACAGCGCAAACGGAGCCAGAGCCUGGACAGCCGGCUCCCACAGGACCCCCUGGAGGAACGGGAGCGCCAGUCCCCCGACCACUGGACUCCUAGCGCAAAGUAUGACAAUCAUGUGGGCAGCCUGAAACAGCCCUCCCAGAGCCCGAGCCCUGUGCGGGGCCUUAGCCAUCCCCAUCCGGCUCAGGACUGGGUCAUUCAGAGUUUUGAGGAGCCACAGGAGAAAUCACGGGAUCCCACCAUGCUGCAGUUCAAAUCGACUCCGGACCUUCUCCGAGACCAGCAGGAGACGGCCCCACCAGGGAGUGUAGACCACGUGAAGGCCACCAUCUAUGGCAUCCUCAAGGAGGGAAGCUCAGAGAGUGAAGCCUCUGUUAGGAGGAAGGUUAGUUUGGUUCUGGAGCAGAUGGCGCCUCUGCACAUGGUUCCUCCUGAUUCGACUAAGACCAUAGCAGGGCAGAGUGAAGUCACCCGGAAAGUGGAGGAGCUGCAGAAAAAACUGGAGGAAGAGGUGAAGAAGCGACAGAAGCUGGAGCCGUCCCGGGUUCGACUGGAGCGGCAGCUGGAGGAGAAGGCGGAGGAGUGUGACCGGCUGCAGGACCUGCUGGAGAGGAAGAAGGGGGACGCCCAGCAGAGCACCAAGGAGCUCCAGAACAUGAAGCUGCUCCUGGACCAGGGUGACAGGUUACGGCACGGACUGGAGACCCAGGUGAUGGAGCUGCAGAACAAGCUGAAGGAGGGUCAGGGUUCUGAACCUGCCAAGGAGGUGCUGCUGAAGGAAUUGUUAGAGACCCGGGAGCUUCUGGAAGAGGUCUUAGAGGGGAAACAGCGGGUAGAGGAGCAGCUGAGGCUGCGGGAACGGGAGCUGACAGCCCUGAAGGGGGCCCUGAAGGAAGAGGUGGCCUCGCGUGACCAGGAGGUGGAGCAGGUCCGCCAGCAGUACCAGCGAGACACGGAGCAGCUUCGCAGGAGCAUGCAAGAUGCCACCCAGGACCACGCAGUGUUGGAGGCCGAGAGGCAGAAGAUGUCAGCCCUGGUACGGGGUCUGCAGAGGGAACUGGAGGAGACCUCAGAGGAGACCGAACACUGGCAGAGCAUGUUCCAGAAGAACAAGGAGGAGCUUAGAGCCACCAAGCAGGAACUCCUGCAGCUGCGGAUGGAGAAGGAGGAGAUGGAAGAGGAGCUUGGGGAGAAGGUGGAGGUCUUGCAGAGGGAAGUGGAGCAUGCUCGAGCCAGUACCAGAGAUAAUCUCCAACUUGAGGAGCUCAAGAAGGAGCUUCGCUGGGCCCAGGAUGAGCUCCAGGAGCUGCGAGCGCAGCGGCAGAACCAGGAGGCGGCUGGGCGGCACCACGACCAGGAGCUGGCGAAGCAGCUGGCGGUCCUGAGGGUCGAGGCCGACCGAGUCCCAGAGCUGGAACAGCAGAACGUCCAGCUGCAGAAGACCCUGCAGCAACUGACGCGGGACUGUGAAGAGGCUUCCAAGGCCAAGGUGGCGGCGGAGGCCGAGACCGCGGUGCUGGGGCAGCGGCGGGCAGCCGCGGAGACCACGCUGCGGGAGACCCAGGAGCAGAACGACGAAUUCCGCCGGCGCAUCCUGGGUCUGGAGCAGCAGCUGAAGGAAGCCCACGGCCUGGCCGAGGGUGGGGAGGCGGUGGAGGCGCGGCUCAGGGACCGGGUGCAGCGCCUGGAGGCGGAGAAACUUCGGCUCCAGGAGGCUCUGAAUGAAGUUCAGGAGGAGGAGGGGAGCUUGGUAGCAGCCAAGCGGGCUUUGGAGGUCCGGCUGGAGGAGGCCCAGAGGGGGCUGGCCCGCCUGGGGCAGGAGCAGCAAGCCCUGAGCCGGGCCCUGGAGGAGGAGGGGAAGCAGCGGGAGGUACUGCGGAGGAGCAAGGCGGAACUGGAGGAGCAAAAGCGUUUGCUGGACAGAACUGUGGACCGACUCAACAAGGAGCUGGAACAGAUUGGGGAUGACUCCAAGCAAGCCCUGAAGCAGCUCCAGGCCCAGUUGGAGGACUACAAGGAAAAGGCCCGCCGGGAAGUGGCAGAUGCCCAGCGCCAGGCGAAGGACUGGGCCAGUGAGGCUGAGAAGACCUCUGGGGGGCUGAGCCGGCUCCAGGAUGAGAUCCAGAGGCUGCGGCAGGCCCUGCAGGCCUCCCAGGCUGAGCGGGAUACUGCACUACUGGAUAAAGAACUUCUGGUCCAGCGGCUGCAGGGCCUGGAGCAAGAGGCAGAGAACAAGAAACGCUCCCAGGAUGACAGGAUCAGGCAAUUGAAAAACCUUGAGGAGAAAGCCUCUCGCCUGGAAGCCGAGUUAGACGAGGAGAAGAACACCGUGGAGCUGCUGUCAGACCGCGUGAACCGUGGCCGGGACCAGGUGGAUCAGCUGAGGGCAGAGCUCAUGCAGGAGAGGUCUGCUCGGCAGGACUUGGAGUGCGACAAGAUCUCCCUGGAGAGACAGAACAAGGACUUGAAGACCCGAUUGACCAACUUAGAAGGCUUCCAGAAGCCCAGUGCCAGUUUCUCUCAGCUUGAGUCCCAAAAUCAGAUGUUGCAGGAGCGGCUCCAAGCUGAAGAGAGGGAGAAGACUGUUCUGCAGUCUACCAACCGGAAACUGGAAAGGAGAGUUAAAGAGUUGUCUAUCCAAAUUGAUGAUGAGCGGCAGCAUGUCAAUGACCAGAAAGACCAGUUAAGCCUGAGGGUGAAGGCUCUGAAGAGGCAGGUGGAUGAAGCAGAAGAAGAGAUUGAGCGACUGGAUGGCCUGAGGAAGAAAGCACAGCGUGAGCUGGAGGAACAGCAUGAGGUCAAUGAACAGCUCCAGGCCCGGAUCAAAUCCCUGGAGAAAGACGCCUGGCGCAAAACUUCCCGUUCAGCGGCUGAGUCGACCCUCAAACACGAGGGCCUGAGCUCAGAUGAGGAAUUUGACGGUGUCUACGACCCCUCAUCCAUUGCAUCACUGCUUACGGAGAGCAACCUGCAAACCAGCUCCUGUUAA